AUGUCAGAACCACUUCAUCUUAAUCCAAGGGAAGAAAGAUCUACUGUUUCCAAUGUCAGAACAGAUCAUGGUUGUGCAACAAGUAUGUUAAGUAAAAUUGGUGCGGAAUUGGUGUGAGCAAGAAUGAGUUGAAUUCAUUCCAGUCAAAGCAAUUAGAGAAACUGAUACUGUCAUACUCUGACAUCUUCUCUAAGAACAGACAGAGAGAUUUAGGAAAAUGCAAGCUCGGAGUGAAACAUCACAUCCAUCUAAAGCAAGAGGCUGUCCCCAUCAAACAGCUUUUAAGACGAAUCCCAAUUGGAUAUCGAGAGGAAGUAAUAAAUGAUCUGAAAACGAUGCUUAAUGAUGGUGUCAUUGAGAAAUCGUCAUCUGAAUGGUCAAAUCCAUUAGUCCUUGUGCCAAAACCUUCCGGAGACCUAAGAAUUUGUGUGGAUUAUAGAAAACUAAAUGAAGUCACAGAUGUAACCAGUUACCCCUUGCUUAACAUUACUGAGACACUGGACCGUUUAGCAGGGGCUUCAUUUUUCACCUCUGUAGAUAUGACCUCAGGAUACUAUCAAGUGGAGAUUGCAGAUGAGGACAAAGAGGACAGCUUUCACAUCACUAUAUGGACAAUACCAGUAUUGCAGAAUAUCGUUUGGACUUGCAGGUGCACCAGGGACCUUUCAAUCAGCGAUAGAAGAUAUGGUACAGCUAUUAGACACCGAGGACAUAAUGGCAUAUUUGGACGAUGUGAUUUGUUUUCAUCCUACCUUUGA